AUGUCCUCCGGAAUACUCUAUGUCAAAGACUCGCGCACCGAUGUGCAAUAUGAGAUCCCAAUCCGGAGAAAUGCCGUCUCGGCCGUGGACUUCAAAAAAAUUAAAGGCCCAGGAAUGGGAGCCGACCGUGCAGAUCAGGUCGCUGGUGGCCUCAGGGUACAUGACCCUGGGUUGAGAAAUACUACCGUUGUGGAGACGGCCAUAAGCUUCUCGGAUCAUGAGAGGAGUUUGCUUCUUUUCCGCGGCUACAGCUUGGAGCAACUUUGGCAAAGCGAUUUCGAGGACGUACUGCAUCUCCUUGUCUGGGGAUCUUAUCCGACAGUGCCGCAGAGGAUUAAUCUCAGCCACAAAUUGACAGAGGCCAUGCUAGCCGUGCCAGAUGAUGUGCAGAGAACGAUCUGGAGCCUUCCAGGCACCUCGUCGCCGCUGCCGCUCAUUGUUGCUGGCCUUUCGGCUUGUCUAGCUAGUCACCCUGACAUGAUCCCGGCAUCGCAUGAUGCUAACAUGUAUCGGAAUAAUCCUGAGGAUACCGACCGUGCAAUAAUCCGAACUGUGGCUGCCUACGCUGUGGUAUUUGGCCUUGUGAAUUGUCAUCGGAACGGUCUACGAUUUACGCCGCCCUCUAGGGGAAGGUCAUACUAUGAAAAUCUUUUUGUGAUGGCGGGACUUGUGGACUCGAGGACAGGUCGUCCCGAUCGUGUCAAGCUGUCUUGCUUCCGGCGGUUUUCUAUCCUCAACUCGGACCACGGAAUGGCAUUGACAGUCUUCUCUGCUCUGGCCACAUCAUCAUCCUUGACGGAUCCUAUCUCCUGCUUGAUCACGGCCAUAGGGUCGGCAUGGGGGCCGCUGCAUUUCGGCGCCACGGAAUCCGCCAAGAGAACCUUGAGGGAUAUUGGCGAGGCCGAGAAUAUACCAGGUUAUAUUCACAACGUGAAGCAGGGACACGUGAAGGUGUUUGGGUAUGGCCAUCGCUCGUACAAAGGCAUCGAUCCGCGAGUACCGCCAAUCCGAUCCAUAUUGAAGGAUCUGGAUAUGUCUGCAGACAAGCUUUUUAAACUAGCCGAGCGGAUUGAGAGAACUUGUUCGAAUGAUGCCUACUUCACAGAGCGGGAGCUGUACGUGAACGGUGACUUCUACGGACAUUUCAUCUUCACAGCCAUUGGCUUCGACCCGGAGAUCAUCCCAGCGGCGAUGUUGGCCCAGCGGAUCAUGGGAAUUAUGGCGCAUUGGCGGGAGUACAUGCUGACACGCGGCAAGUUGCUGCGGCCAUCACACAUCUACACAGGGGAGGCAGAGGAAAGACUAUUGCCGAAAUUGUAA